AUGUUUUCGUUUCUUGCUUUUCGGGAUUGGAUUCAUCAGACCGUUCUAUUCAAAUUCCUUCUCUCAUGUUAUCAUUUCAUUUUCACUACAAAUCGUCAUUUCAUUUUCACUACAAAUCAUGAUUCGAUACUCCCAAAUGAAAUCAUAACAGCCAUUCUCUUAAGGCUGCCUACAAAAUCUCUCUUGAAAUGUAUGUGUGUGUCGAAAUCAUGGCAUCAACUCAUAUCUAGCCCUGAUUUUGUGAAUACCCAUCUCAAAUUAAACAAACAUCAUAGAGUUUUAUUUCCAGGCAUCUUUGAAAAUAUCAAGUUUUGUUCACUCCCUCCUUUGUUUAACAAACAACAACUCACUCAAGAGCUAUUUCACAUGGAUCCUCCCUGUUCACCACCUUUCUUUGUGGGUUCGGUCAAUGGGUUGAUUUGUCUUUUCAAUCGGAGAAGGGAUACAUAUAUAUGGAACCCCACCAUUAGGAAGUCUAAGAAAUUACUUAAGUCAUCAUGGGGUACCUCUUGCUAUACCAAAUAUGGUUUUGGAUACGAUAACUCACGAGAUGAUUAUAAAGUUCUAUUUAUUGAUCAUUGUGGUAAUUCUUACAAUGGUGAGUUGUCCAACACAAGGGUUGUUGUCAAUAUUUACAGUUCGAGAACUGAUUCUUGGACAACACUCCAUGACCAGCUUCAGGGAAUCUUUCUAUUAAAUUAUACAGGUAAAUUUAUCAAUGGGAAGAUUUAUUGGGCUGCAUCUACAGGUAUUCAUGAUUACAAUGUGCGCAACAUCAUUUCAUUUGAUGUAGCAGACGAGACAUGGGGAAGCUUGGAGCUUCCCAUUUGUGGAGAAGAAGUUUUUAAUAUCAAACUGGGAGUAGUGGAAAAUGACCUUUCUGUGCUCUAUACUUGUUAUCCAGGUACUACUUCUGAUGUUUGGAUUUUGAAAGAUUGUAGAGUUAAUGUAUCAUGGAUGAAAUGGUUCACCAUCGAAUAUCCUCAAUAUGCUGUGUUGUAUAGGUUUGAUUCACCCAUUUUCACAUUUUCUAUACAUCUUCGCGAGUCAGAUAAGGGUAACAUUUUACUCUUGAUUCCCGAAAAAAUCAUGAUAUUUGAUGGUUCGACUAAAAAACUAGAGCACGAAGCUACUGUUAAGGAAUGCAAUAGUGCAGAAAUCUAUGCAGAAAGCAUUGUUAAUCCCCUAACAAUAUCAUACUAG